GCGGGGCGUAACGGCGGCGGGGGGGGAGGGAGGGGUCAGUCCGCGAUCGGCUGCGGGAGGGCGGGGAGGCGCGAUGCCGCUGGCCCGCAGCGUCUCGGUGAGCUCCCUCCCGGGGCUGGAGGAUUGGGGGGGCCCCGGGGCCCCCGACAACGUCGUCCUCUUCGAGGUGGCCUGGGAGGUGGCCAAUAAGGUGGGGGGGAUCUACACGGUGCUGCAGACGAAGGCGCGGGUGACGGCGGACGAGUGGGGGGAGAGUUACAUCCUGGUGGGACCCUACGUGGAGAGCAGCGUCCGCACCCAGGUGGAGCUGCUGGAGCCGCCCCAGCCCGCCCUGCGGCGCACCCUGGCCGCCAUGAACGCCCAGGGGUGCAAGGUGCACUUUGGGCGCUGGCUGAUCGAGGGGAGCCCCGCCGUGGUGCUGCUGGAUGUGGGGGCGACGGCCUGGAGCCUGGAGCGCUGGAAGGGGGAGCUGUGGGAGAGCUGCGCUAUCGGGGUCCCCUGGUAUGACCGGGAGGCCAACGACGCCGUCCUCUUCGGCUUCCUCGUCGCCUGGUUCCUCGGGGAGUUCGCGGCGCAGAGCGAGGACCGUCCCUUCAUCGUGGGUCACUUCCACGAGUGGCUGGCGGGGCUGGGGCUGGUGCUGAGCCGCGCCCGGCGCUUGCCCGUGGCCACCAUUUUCACCACCCACGCCACCCUCCUGGGCCGCUACCUCUGCGCCGGCAGCGUGGAUUUCUAUAACAACCUCCAGAACUUUGACGUGGACAAGGAGGCCGGGGAGCGGCAGAUCUACCACCGGUACUGCCUGGAGCGGGCGGCCGCCCACUGCGCCCACGUCCUCACCACCGUCUCCCACGUCACCGCCGCCGAGGCCGAGCACCUCCUCAAGCGCAAGCCCGAUCUGGUGACCCCCAACGGCCUCAACGUCCGCAAGUUCUCGGCCAUGCACGAGUUCCAGAACCUGCACGCCCAGAGCAAGGCUCGCGUCCAGGAAUUCGUCAGGGGACACUUCUACGGGCACCUGGAUUUCGACCUGGACAAGACGUUGUUCUUCUUCAUCGCGGGGCGCUACGAGUUCUCCAACAAAGGCGCCGACAUCUUCCUGGAGGCGCUGGCGCGGCUCAACUACCUGCUGCGGGUGAACGGCAGCGAGGUGACGGUCGUGGCCUUCCUCAUCAUGCCGGCCCGGACCAACAACUUCAACGUGGAGUCGCUGAAGGGCCAGGCCGUGCGCAAGCAGCUCUGGGACACGGCCAACACCGUGAAGGAAAAAUUUGGGAAGAAACUCUACGAAUCGCUGCUGGUCGGGAACCUCCCGGACAUGAACAAGAUGCUGGACCGCGAGGAUUUCACCAUGAUGAAACGCGCCAUCUUCGCCACCCAGCGCCAAUCCUUCCCCCCCGUCUGCACCCACAACAUGCUGGACGACGCCACCGACCCCAUCCUCACCACGAUCCGCCGCAUCGGCCUCUUCAACAGCAGCAACGACCGCGUCAAGGUGAGGGUUGGGGGCGGUUUUGGGGGGGGGGACCACAUGGGGGGGGGCAGGGACGUUGUGGGGGGUGGGGG